AAUGAGGAGGCGGAAGCAGUUUGAUGCCUCAAGGGAUGCACAGACCGGUGCAACCUGUUCGGUAGACCGGAAUCCAUCCUCAGCUUCUGGAUACACCAGCUUGGACACGGUACAACUCCCGCUUUACAUUUCAGUCUCAUGGUAUAAACAUGGUGGACAUGGUCUGAUGUGACCAUAUGGCCUUCUGGCUUCUGAGAAUGAAUGUUCCGCUUACAAGGAGGAUCUUCACGCUGGUUUUGCUCCACUUGAACCUGAUACACUGUAUUUUGAUGCUGCAGCCACCAGGUCGGUUGACCAUGGAGUCCAUCAACAUGAGACACACUCUCAGGUGGCGCCCCCUGCAGACUCCUUGCAGUACUGCGGCGCUCUACUCUGUACAGUACCAAGGCGAGUUUGAGCGGACGGCCCCGAACGUAACCUGGCUGGACGUCUUCGAGUGCCAGAACAUUCCGCACACCCACUGCGACGUGACCUUAGACCUAGUCUCAGACUCCGACUACAACAUCCGCAUCAGAGCGCAGUGCGAGUCGCAGAUUUCGCAAUGGACCUGCCUGAGCCCGCCUUUUAACAGAAAGGACACUUUGCUGACAGUGCCCCAAAUGGCGGUCUCUGUGGUGGGCUACGCCCUGCUGGUGACCUUUGACCAACCCCCGCCCACAGCCUCCAUCAACGUGACGGUGUGGAAGCGAGGCGACCAGGCCCAGGCGGACGUCUACACCAUCUUGGCGGAGGAGAAGGUGCUCCGUGUCGCCGCCCUGCAGGAGGGAGCGGUGUACUGCCUCAAAGCGCACAUGAUCCUGGAGCAGCUGAGCCAAACGGGCAGCACCGAAAUCCACUGUGUGCCUAUCAAAGGUACACACGCUCCCUGGAAGAGCACCACGACUGUGGUGGUCACUCUGGUCCUCAUGGCGGGUGUCCUCAUUGCCACCUUCUGGACCGUGGUCCACUGCCGGGCACAUGACAUCCACCAGUGUUAUUACAAGGAGCCGCUGCCAAGCUCCCUGAGAAGCAACGACUUUGUGCAAACUGCACUGAGCAUGUACCAGGUCGAGGAGUGCGAUAUCGUGUGCGUGGAAUCGCACGACAGUGGUGAGCGGGACCACCUCAGACCUGGCCUUUCACCGGUACAUUACGCCAUCUGAAGAAACCAAGCUGGACCUUCACCGUUGGUUCAGACAUGUCACUCAGAACCUCAACCUACAUGGGAUGUUAUUGGGCUCUGGUCCAGAACCUGAAAGACAUGUUCUCUUUGACCUCGCAUGCAGCAGAACCAGAAAUGUCCUUGAUGUGAACCAUCGCAGGACUUUCACGUGACAUGUUGAACCAGAACCUGUAGAGCUGU